CUGAGGGGCCACUGCCUUGAUGGGUUGUGAUGCCCACGAGGGCAUGGGUGUGAGUGCUGAUGCCGCUCUGACCGUCCAUUGUAAUUACCUUCUGCCCAGGAGCUGGAGAUGCCAAUACGCUUAACCCUGCAUUGAGAAUGAAAAAGCUACAGUUCCUGAAGUUGACAUAACUAGUUAGGAUAUUUGCUAAGAAGGAAGCAGGGGGUGAAGUGUAAGUGUAUCUUUUUAAGGGUAUGGCAUAGAAUUCCUUGGGAAUCAGGAUUGCAUUUUACCAGUUUAGAGACCCCUCUGAGCUUGGUGCAUAGGGGAUAGUCAGUGGAAGCGUUUAAAUUUGAAAUGAAUUGAACCUGUGCUUGUAUCAGAUGUCAGGGGUCUGUUCCUGGAGAAAUAAUGUAGGAGGAAAGCGUAACUAAUUAAGGGAAAAUGUCUCAGACGCUGGCUUUUAAAAUAAUUAAACAAUCAAAGACUGCCAAAGGUCUAAAGUUUAUGAGAUGCACACUCAAGUAAUUUAGCGGCUGUGUGGCAGGCAGAAAUGGCCUGUGAGUGAUUUCAGGGUCAGCUCAAACAGAAAUUAUCUUCUGAAGAGAGGGAUCCAGCUUAAUGUUCUUAAGUUAAAUCAACGAUGCUGUUAACAUUGCUUUGAAUUCCGUAGUUACUGAUGGAUGUCACAUGACAGCAUCCAUUGUGUAUUGAUGGCUGCAGAUAGGAGCCUAUAAACAUGAGAAGUGCACAUUUGGAGGGAGCUGCAUGGAAAGAUGUCUCUGGUUUUCAGUUUCUAGUCCUUUUUAGGGUUUCCACUUGGGAGCAACACCAGCCACGUCCCUCACAGCCACUGCUGAUUAUGUCUUGAAGGAGGUGAUGUUAAUUCAGUCAAUCCCAGAGAUACUGGCCCUUCCUAGGUGAUGUGGGUAGAAGACAGUGAGGCCAUCUCUGUCCUCCGGCUCACGUUAUUGGAGGCGAGAGGGCAGUACCGACAGCAGGUUAGCAGGUGUUGGGGCCAGAUCCUCUCGGAGCCCUGGGCUUGGACGUUGGGUGGGGUGGAUGGGGUGGGACAACGUUGUGGGGUCCUGUUGUGUGGUGACUGUUAGGGCAGGACUGUAAGCCCAGUGAAGUUUAGUGCUGGCCUUGCCGAGGUGCAGGACGUGAGUUUACAGAGGCACAUUUCAGAAACUUCGGGAAGCUGGCACUGCAUGCUUAUCCCGGUUAUUCUUUUUUUUUUUUCUUUUUCUUUUUUUUUGAGACAGAGUUUUGCUCGUUGCCCAGGCUGGAGUGCAAUGGCGCGAUCUCUGGUCACUAACCUCCACCUCCUGGAUUCAAGGGAUUUUCCUGCCUCAGCCUCCUGAGUAGGUGGGAUUACAGGCAUGCACCACCAUGCCUGGCUAUUUUUUUGUAUUUUUAGUAGAUACAUGGGGUUUCUGUGUGUUGGUUAGGCUGUUCUUAAACUCCCGAUCUCAGGUGAUCCACCUGCCUUGGCCUCCCAAAGUGCUGGGAUUGCCAGCAUAAGCCACCGCGCCUGGCCAAUCCAGGUUAUUCUUACUAAAUCCAGACAUUGUGAAGGCCUGCUUGCUAUUAAUAUAUUGAUAAUUAUGUUGAUAAUGGUGAAAGUGUAGGCACGUGUGGGUGAUUGCUUGCUAUUGGUGUAUAGAUAGCUGAUAAUGGUGAAGAUGUAUUGAUAAUUAUGCUGAUAAUGGUUGAAGUGUAUUGAUAAUUAUGUUGAUAAUGGUGAAAGUGUAGGUGCGUGUGGGUCAUGGUCACUUGGAGUGUUUUGGGUAUGAUUGCUUUUAGAGAAGAAAUCUUAUUUUGUCACUCAAGCUGGUGUGCAGUGACCUUCUGGGCUCAAGCUAUCCUCCCAUCUCAAUCUCCAAAGUAGCUGGGACUACAGGUGCACACCACCUUGCUCAGCUAAUUUUUAUUUUUUAAUUAUAAUUUUUUUUUGUAGAGGGGGAGUCUCCUUAUGUUGCCGAGGCUGGUCUUGAAUUCUAGGGCUUAAGCGAUCCUCCCAGCUCAGCUUGUUUCAUAUACAUAUAUGAAAUGUGAAUGGUUGUCUCUGGGCUGAAGUUACCUCACGGAAGGAUGGUGUUCUGUGUGGAUGCUGGACAGGGCUGGAUUUGUGGUGGUCCAGGAAUCCAUGACUUGGGGGGCAGCCUUGUGGAUGGGUGUGGAGAGAGUGUAUUAGCACAGCUUGGAUGUCCACAUUGUGGACGGAGUAACCGUGUGGGCUUUGCAGGUGUAUUAGGGCCCUCCAGAGAAGUGGAAGUCGUUGGAUAUAUGUGGGUGUAUUUGUUUACACAUAUGUAGACCCCAUGCUUAUAUAUAUAAAUCUCGUCAUGUAUGUCUGUGUGAAUAGAAGGAGAUUUGUUAUAAGGAAUUGGCUCAUGUGGUUAUGAGGCUGAUGAGGCUGAUGAGUCUGAGAUCUGCUCAGCCAGCUGAAGGCCCAGGAAGAGCCCAUGUGUCCAUUCUAGCAUGAAGGCAGGAAAAAACGUGGUGUUCCAGUUCAAAGGCAGGCAGGGGCGUUGCAUAAUAAAAUGUAUUUUAAUUAAUUAAUUCAGGGUUUUCCUGCCCUACUGAAUGGGGUUGAGCUCACAGGAGGAGCGGAUAUGUCAUGGAGAAUGAACACAUCACACUGCCAUUACUCAGUGAGUAACUCACUUGGGCUCCGGGCCGCUCGGGGGCACAGAGCAGGUCUUAGCCAUGCUGUCAGUUUUCCCUGUUCUGACACUUUCAUGUCUGGGCCUCGCUGACUUGGGAGGGAUCGCUCUUCCUGGGCUGGCCAGUUCCUGGGGACGGUGAGCGGCUCGCCUGUGGUCGUGCCUGUACAUGAAGCCGACUUCCAGAGCCCACGCCCACCACUCCCUCCGUGGGCUCUCAUGCUCCUGACUGCUGACAGCCCAGAGCCCCGGGACCAUUCAGCCUGGCCAGGCCUAAGCCUGCUGGCCCUGCUUUCCCGUUCUUCCUUCCCAGAUCCCAUUGAGGGCUCCCCGUGUUGGCCACCCCCCUCACACCUCCUGGCCCUCCCAGUGCACCUGUGUGGACCUGGCCCUGUGGCAGGCCCUGCCUCCAGGUGUGGGGUCUGUGUGUUUCCACUGCUCCAUCCAUGAUGGUAAUUUCUGUCUCUGUGUCUCACCGCACCUGAGUAAACAGAUCCCAGGAACCCUGAAAACAAGCGGAAUCUGUGCCCAUUGCUCUCCUGGCUCCUGGAGGGCACGGUGGGCUCUGCUCCUGCUGGGAGGAGAGCGGCAGGUAGCACCGGGUGGCACAGGGAGCUGCUCUCUGGAACCGCGUGGGUGGCCGUGGCCAGGGCAUGAGCUGAAGGGGGUGUGCGGCAGCCGUGGGUGGCCGCAGAGGGGCUGGCAGCAGCUGAGCCAUGUGGAGCUAAACUGAGUGAGCCAGGAGGAAGGAUGAGGGUGCUGGCACACAGAGCUGGCCGCACCCACAGGAGCCGUCACACAGCGGAGCUGCCCUCCUCCGGCAAGGACGGCUGUGGUUGUGUAAUAAUCCCGGUGGGGCUCACAGCACUGCGUGGCAGGAGCGGAGCGAGCCUCGUAGGCGUUCCAGGUGUUCCCUGAGCCGGAUUAAAUGCCUCUGCGCUGUGGGGGUGGGGACAGCGUGGGGGGAAGCCAGGAAAAGCCGGGGCCAGAGGACCCCCCGCCGAGAAAGAGAAAGAGCUCAGAGCCGGGGACUGGAGGCCUGGAGGAGCCGAUGUGGGAGAGAUCCUCGUGGGAGGGCCCCAGUGGCCGGGAUGGUAAAAGACUUCGGAGCAAACUAAUCGAUUGUAAUUACAUGAAGGUGAAGCUGGUGAUGAUGUGUCAGAUGGGGAGUGUUCAGGAAAACUCCUACAAAGAGUCGCAGUGCACGCUCUGCGGGGAGCCGGAAGAGGAAGAAGCUGGAGACCUGGUCCAGCCGGGCAUCAGCUUUCCGGGGCCGGCAGAGGAGGAUCUAGACCCGCAGUACUCAUGGUCGCCCACGCAGCACUUCAAUGAGGAGCGCUACUCGCCCGCGCCCAGGAGCAUGAAGGGCCUUUCCGGAAGUCGGACCCAGCCGCCGCUGUGUUCCGGGCACACGUGUGGUCUGGCGCCCCCAGAGGACUGCGAGCACCUGCACCACGGGCCCGACGCGCGGCCGCCCUACCUGCUGAGCCCCGCCGACAGCUGCCCCGGGGGGCGCCACCGCUGCUCGCCGCGCAGCUCGGUGCACUCGGAGUGCGUGAUGAUGCCGGUGGUGCUGGGCGACCACGUGUCCAGCAGCACCUUCCCGCGGAUGCACUACAGCUCUCACUACGACACGCGCGACGACUGCGCUGUGGCCCACGCGGGUGCCAAGAUCAACCGCAUCCCGGCCAACCUGCUGGACCAGUUCGAGAAGCAGCUGCCGCUGCACCGGGACGGCUUCCACACGCUGCAGUACCAGAGGACGUCCGCGGCCGCCGAGCAGCGCAGCGAGAGCCCCGGGCGGAUCCGCCACCUGGUACACUCCGUGCAGAAGCUCUUCACCAAGUCGCACUCGCUGGAGGGCUCCUCCAAGAGCAACGCCAACGGCACCAAGGCGGACGGCCGGGCGGACGAUCACCACCACGCCCACCACGCCAAGCACAGCAAGAGGAGCAAGAGCAAGGAGCGCAAGCCGGAGGGCAAGCCCCGGCCCGGCAUGAGCAGCUGGUGGAGCUCGGACGACAACCUGGACAGCGACAGCACCUAUCGGACGCCCAGCGUGCUGAACCGGCACCACCUGGGCCCCGUGGCCCACUGCUACCCCGACGCGCUGCAGAGCCCCUUCGGGGACCUGUCCCUCAAGACCUCCAAGAGCAACAACGACGUCAAGUGCUCGGCCUGUGAGGGGUUGGCGCUGACGCCCGACGCCAAGUACCUGAAGCGCAGCUCCUGGUCUACGCUGACGGUCAGCCAGGCCAAGGAGGCCUACCGCAAGAGCUCGCUGAACCUGGACAAGCCGCUGCUGCACCAGGACGCCAAGCCCGCCCUGAGGCCGUGCCACUACCUCCAGGUACCUCAGGAUGAGUGGGGAGGGUACCCCACCGGUGGCAAAGAUGAGGAGAUUCCCUGCAGGAGAAUGAGAAGUGGGAGUUACAUUAAAGCCAUGGGGGACGAGGAGAGCGGAGAGUCAGACUCCAGCCCCAAGACAUCACCAAAGUCGGCAAUCCUACCGGAGCCGCUGCUGAAGUCCAUCGGACAGAGACCGCUUGGAGAGCACCAGACCCAGACCUACCUGCAAGCUGCAAGUGACGUGCCUGUGGGACACAGCCUGGACCCCGCUGCGAACUACAACUCCCCAAAAUUCCGCUCCCGGAACCAGAGCUACAUGAGGGCCGUCAGCACCCUGAGCCAGGCCAGCUGCGUGAGCCAGGUGAGCGAGGCGGAGAUCAAUGGGCAGUUCGAGUCCGUGUGCGAGUCCGUCUUCAGUGAAGUUGAAUCUCAGGCCAUGGAUGCCCUCGACCUCCCGGGAUGUUUCCGAACAAGGAGUCACAGCUACCUUCGAGCCAUUCAAGCCGGCUACUCCCAAGAUGACGAAUGUAUUCCCAUGAUGACACCCUCCGACAUCACCUCCACCAUCAGGUCAACAGCAGCUGUCUCAUAUACAAAUUACAAGAAAACGCCCCCACCGGUGCCCCCUCGGACCACUUCCAAGCCUCUGAUCUCGGUGACGGCGCAGAGCAGCACCGAAUCCACCCAGGACGCCUACCAGGACAGCCGCGCACAGAGGAUGUCCCCAUGGCCCCAGGACAGCCGCGGCCUCUACAACUCCACAGACAGCCUGGACAGCAACAAGGCCAUGAACCUCGCGCUGGAGACGGCCGCUGCCCAGCGCCACCUGCCCGAGAGCCAGAGCAGCUCUGUGCGGACCAGCGACAAGGCCAUCCUGGUGUCCAAGGCAGAGGAGCUCCUCAAGAGCCGCUGCUCCUCCAUCGGGAUUCAGGAUUCUGAAUUCCCAGAGCAUCAGCCAUACCCAAGGUCAGAUGUGGAAACGGCCACAGAUUCUGACACGGAGAGCCGCGGUCUGCGGGAAUACCACUCUGUCGGGGUGCAAGUGGAAGACGAGAAGCGACACGGACGUUUUAAACGUUCUAACAGCGUCACGGCCGCCGUCCAAGCUGACCUGGAGCUGGAGGGGUUCCCAGGCCACAUCACCAUGGAGGACAAAGGCCUUCAGUUCGGCUCAUCCUUCCAGCGGCACUCCGAGCCCAGCACCCCCACCCAGUACAGCGCGGUGCGAACUGUACGGACCCAGGGGCUCUUCAGCUAUCGAGAAGACUAUCGGACCCAAGUGGACACCUCCACCCUGCCCCCUCCAGACCCCUGGCUGGAGCCCGCCAUCGACACGGUAGAGACUGGGAGGAUGUCUCCGUGCCGCAGGGAUGGCUCGUGGUUUUUGAAGCUGCUGCACGCAGAGACAAAGAGGAUGGAAGGCUGGUGCAAAGAGAUGGAGAGAGAGGCGGAGGAGAACGACCUCUCGGAGGAAAUUCUCGGUAAAAUCAGGAGUGCUGUUGGGAGUGCCCAGCUUCUCAUGUCCCAGAAAUUCCAGCAGUUUUAUUGGCUUUGUCAACAGAAUAUGGACCCCAGCGCCAUGCCGAGGCCGACAUCUCAGGACCUGGCCGGCUACUGGGACAUGCUGCAGCUCUCCAUUGAGGACGUCAGCAUGAAGUUCGACGAGCUGCAGCGGCUGCGGCUCAACGACUGGAAGAUGAUGGAGUCCCCGGAAAGAAAGGAAGAAAGAAAGGUCCCGCCUCCAAUACCAAAGAAGCCUCCCAAAGGGAAAUUUCCCAUCACAAGAGAAAAAUCCCUGGACCUGCCCGACAGACAACGCCAGGAAGCCCGGAGACGACUCAUGGCCGCCAAGCGAGCGGCGUCCUUCCGGCAGAAUUCUGCCACCGAGCGCGCGGACAGCAUCGAGAUCUACAUCCCCGAGGCCCAGACCCGGCUCUGAGGACGGAGGCCGGCCACCUUCCCCUUGGUUGUUUCUGCUUUUUCACAAAACGCUUGUACAGUUCGUUGCCUCCCUGGUGGUUUCUGUCUCCUUGCUUCCACUGAACACGCCCUUGCUCUUACGCUCCUUGUACCGUGAACACAGUGCAAUGCCGGUGGCCUCAGAGUCCACGGAGCUCGUGGCGAGGACGACUUUUGCUUUUUUUUUUUUUUUUUUUAAACUGGUGGCCUGGCUCACACUUGGCUCUGAGGGACAGGUGUGGUGAGACCUGAUUUCUCCUCCGUGUUCUCAGAGGACGGCGAGAAAUGCCUCUGGAGCUGGAACCCAGCUUACAUUUUGUUAUUUCUAUUUUUAUAAAUUGUGUGAUAAUUAGAGGUAAGAAUAACAAAUAACUAUAAAUGGGUGCAUCUCACCACUCCCUAGAGGCAUUAGACACCAAGUGGAAGGUGCUACAACCUGAAGUGCAGGAAAGAAAGGCCCAUUCCCCUCGCACAGCCGAGCUUUUACCCCGAGCACAGGCGGCCAGUCCGCCCGCUCCGCUCUCCUGCUCCUGUGUCCGUCACAGAUAGAAAACAUGAGGCUCCUUGUGUCAAGCUUCCUGUGAUGGAAAGGGACCUCCCCAACCACCAAACUCCCCGCCAUACAGUUCUCCAAAAUCCCAGGCGAAGACAAGUCUGAACCCACGAAAAUACCCAGCACAGCAUCUACACAUUCAAAAGAUAAGCUGAGUGUUCCCACAAGGAAGUCACCCGCAGAGAGGAGAGUCUUACGGAGGGCUGGGAGCAUAAAAGGAAAACAAUGUCCUUACUUCUAAACAGUUAUUGUAUUUUUUAUUUCUUUGUAACUUAAAAUACGACACCCAGUAUUUUCUUUAAGUUUCACCAUUUACGCUACAUGUGAUUUUUUUAAUGUAUGUAUAUAUAUAUUCUCAAAUUGCUCUAUCAGCUGACUUUUCAGGGUAUCCUUAAAAAAAAAACACACGAAAAACAAAAGUUUGCUUGUUUAAAAUGACAGUUGUGAUGUAAAAAGUUUAAGAAAUAUGAAUGUGAGUGGUAAGUAUAUCUCAGUUUAAAUGGUAAAGAAGAAAUGUAGUUUACAUUUGUAUUUUUCCAGAAUUCUUUUGUCCUAUGCAGUAUUGCUAAAGUCAAGAAUAUAUUCCUUGCCUGUGUUAGACAUGAAGGGAAAAAGAGGUCACAUAUUGUGAUUUCCAGCUGUAGCAUUCAAAAAAAAAAAAUUGGUGUUCAUGACUCUGUGGUCGGUGCCAGAGGAAAAUAGGAACAACUCUAAUUAAUAGGCUUUCUGUGUAUAUAAUUAAAUUCAGCUGCUGCGACCAUUGUUCUGACACGACUUCUGUUUCACAGUUCAGACCGGUCUUCAAAGGAAAAGCCUAUCCGAUUUUUCCAUGGGUUCCAGUUUCAGAGUUCUCAUUAUUACUCAAAGUAAAAGCGGACUGCGAUUUAAGAUGUUUCCACCCCAAUUCCUGGUCUUCCUUCCCGGCUUAAGGAGUACCACGUACUUAGCCACAGGCAGAACAGCUUUCGAUGACCCCAUAGCACUUUGCUUCUUCACCUUGAUUUGCACUUUACAAUGUCCCCAGCCCCUCUGCAGCCCGUGGCUAGCAGGGCGUUGGAUGUGCGGUUGCCCCCCAGCGCGCCCUCCAGAGCUGUGGUGUCUCCCCUGCCUCAUUCCCCACAUCCCACUGAGCAUGGGACCAUUGGGAGCAGAGCUGAUAUUAAAGCAUGUUUAGCUUCGAAGUUUUACUUUUUUAAAGCUGAGUAGUUAAGAAUUCCCUGUAAAAACAAAACCCUGUAAAUUGAGCCUCAUGUCUGGUAUAUAUUUUACCAAACAGCCUUAAAAUAUAUUUGGAAGCAAAAAUCAGUACGAAUGUAUCUCCUUGAAAAAUGCAAAAAAAAAAACCCUGAAAUAUUCUUCUAUAAAUGAAUCCUAUUUCCCCAGAGUGUUCAAGGCAUUUUUCUACCUAAAUAAAUACCUAAAUCUUGAGUAGUGUACAGUAAUGACGCUUCUUCCUAUAUCCACUCUUAUUAUGUUAAAACAAAUGUAUUUGCGAGUAUUGGCAUUUUAGACUUUAAAAAUGCUGUAUGAUUUCAGAUGAACUCUGCUGUUUAGAAGUAACCACAGAAAAGCAAAGUCAGUGUACAGUCCGAGUGAAAAGAAAUGUAAUGUGGAUAAAGGCCCGCCACCUCCUCACAUUGGUCUAUCUACUGGCAGCUGAUAUGUUUAACUCAUUUCCUUGAGCUUAUACAAAACAUAUAAAAGCAAACUGUUAAAGUAGACAAUAAUUAUUUGUCUCAAAUCCCAGAUUCUAUGAUCCCUGCUUAAAAGAAAAUGUUCACUGGAUGUAGGUUGAUUUCUUAUGUUUUGUAGACUCAUUGUUAUUUUUCAAUCCCCAAAAGUCUUGGCCUAAACCAUCCCUAGGUGAGCAGACUAACCUACCACUACCUUGCACAGGGGUUGGUGACUCGACGUGGUGAAUGUGCACACGCCCUGCCUGGUCCGCCAUGUUCCAAAGAUGAUUUAAUGGUAGAACAGAUACCUGCUGCUAGACCUGAUGGAAUGUUACCUGUCCGUGUUACAUAAUCAAGUGCAAUAUACUCAGUUCUCAUGCAGGUGACAUUCUACCAUGAAACGCAGAAGAUAAGCCAUGUUUCUGUAUUGUACAUGUAAAGAAAAAUAAAACUGUUUAUGAUACUUGUGUUAGUCACUCGAGCUAGCUUAUGUCAGCCACUUCUAGCAAAUCAUGCCAUGGAGCUCACGACGUGUGACCAUUUCGUCAUAUUUAAAAUAUAACUUCAAGAAAAGAGUAAGCAUCCAUUGGAGAACACGGCUGAAAAUUAUUGUGCUGUUCUAGGAACAUCAUCCUAGAGAGUGUGAUGUUCACUAUAACCCCAUACCUACAUUCCCUAAUGAUACAGCCAAUCACAGGUGAAACCCAGACACUCUCCUUAGAGCCGACAGGUUGAUCCUGCUGUGUUGAAGGCUGUGGUUAAUAAAACACAAGUAUGAUAAACAGGACUGAGCGUUUAGCCCGGGAAAGGAGAAUGCUGCUUGUCACCUAGAGUGCUUUCCUUGUGAUGCAUCUCUCGCAUCUUCACGUGUUGUUGUGUUUGAGGUAAAACUAGUUGUUAUCAAUGACAAUUUUUACCAUAGUUUUCUCAGCAAAUUUAUAUCACCAUCUUAGAAUGGUAUAUAAAAAAAUUGAACUGUUUAUGAUACCAAAAAAUUACAGUUUUGUUUAAAAGGAAAUGUUGAUGUUUUCAACUCCAAAUCAAUUCUAAAAACUUCAAGCACUUAAUGGAAAGGUAAAUGGUCAGAUAAAAAUAUAAUUACCUGUAAGGUUAUCUGGUUUUAAAAGAAAAAAAAAAGGCUACAAAAUCAGUGACCUACUAAGUAGACGGAAUUUUUCCCUGCUGCUUCUUAUGAAAGUGGCCAGGUUUAUGAUUAGAAGACAUAGUGGCAGAGCACACAUGUGCAUAGGUUCUGAUUAUUUCUCUUGGAGCAUAUGUCCUUGUCUUGAUUUUUGCCUUUUCGAUGCCAUAUUAAGCAGCCACCGUUUCCACCCCUUUCAUUAGAAGGCCCUGCAUCCGUAAAUUCGCUCAUCUCUGUUUUUGUUAGAUCCUUGUAAGCAUCGCUACCCCAGUCCAGGAUGGAAUUUCACAGGAAAGUGAAGGGAUACUGCAGGCCUGUGUUUGCAGCACCUGUGGUGACUGUGGAAUGAGCUCUAUUAGGGACAGCUGUCUGGUUUGCGCCAAACCUUCUGGGGGCGAAUAGGGAGUGGGGGAGGUGGGUCCAAGUCUUCCUCAGGAAGGCCUUUUCUAUCGGCAGCAAUUCCAUCAAGCCUAGCCAUCCUGUGGUCCUGAGCAUGAAGGGGCCAGGGGACCUCCUGGGAGAUGCAGCUUGUGUUUCAGCUGUGUUUCAUCAGUCAGCCUUGCUUGGAAUUCUGGCAGGUUCCCCGGGGUGUUUCAGCGGACAGGAGGCCCACGUGCCGUGGCUGAGUCAGCCUGGGUACCCCAGUCACCAGCAGGGCCAUCCUUGAUGACAGGGCCCCCCAUGAACCUGGGAGAGGCAGCGGGAAAUGUGUGAGAGGGUGUGCGCUGGUACGGACAUAAAAGCAUUGUCCAAAACAGCACUGGUUCGGGGAGGGCCCCUGGAUACUGCCUUUGGCCCACACUGAAAACUGGAAUUGCCCCACCUGUGAGCACAGAAACACACUUCUCCAACACGGGCCGAAAUAACUAAACUCCACAUGGUUCCUGCCUGCUCAUUUCCCAGCCCUCUUCUUCUCAAGCCUGAACUUCAUUUUUUUUUUAGCUGCAAAUUUAACAGGCUAAUUUAAAACAGCAGUUUUCAGACGACAGCCCCUGGGAAUGCUCCAGGGUUCUCUUGUUUUGAUCUGCAUGUCUGUUUACACUUCUCUGUAGGCGUGGGUUGAAUACAAGGUUCCAAAACUUUAAAAUAGCAAACCACGAGCUUAAGAGAUGAAAAAGAUGACCCUUUUCUGAUUAGGAUCCGUAACUGUGGGCUGGGGCAAUGCAGUGUGCUUCAUUCAGCGCCGUGUGUCAGCCAUGACACACACCACAUAAGGUCAGCUCAGAGCCCAUGGCUUCCCUGCAGGAGCCCCAUCUUGUCGCUAUUAGUUGGGAGCUGCAAUACAUUGUUGGCCAUAAACAAAGUGCUAAAGGAAAGGGUUUGCUUCUACGCAUUCGGCUGAAUGCCCCCAGUGCAGGGUGGCAGCAGAAUGUUCUGGAAAUGAAGGAGAUAUUGCUAGGAAUCUCUAGGCUGUUAGGCAACCUGGCUUUUAUUCAUCCUCAGCCAGCAACUCAUCUCAAGUUUGUGUCUCAGUUUUUUCCUCUAGAAAGGGGAUUACAGUUCCUGUCCCUGUCUUCCUCCAGGACACAUUGUGAGGAUUAAUGACAUAUUGGCUCUAAAGUCCUUUGAGCUCCUGGGAACAGGUGGUGAAAGUGUGAAUUAUUGCUAAGGAUUACUCGCUGGCCUCUUCUAGAAUGCCGCCCUCCCAGCUCUGCAGGGCACGCUGCCAAAAUCCAGGCUGGUCGUAAAUAUCUCAGAGAUAAUCAGGGACCACCAGAGGCAGAGGCCAUGAGACUGUCUUUGGAAAGGUUUGGAAAUGCAGAAAUAACUACAAGGGCCGUUCUCCUUAGCUUCUGGCUUUCAACUGUUUCUAGAUGCUUCCAAGAACAAGAACCCAGCACCAACCAGAAUUAGGCCACGUUUUCACCAUUACUUAAGCUCAGUCGCCUCUUAGAUGAAAUGAGGAGAUAAACUAAACAUUAAAAUGAUGAAGAAAAAAAAUUAUUUGGAAGCAGAAAACCGCAUGGGUGGGGAAACAGCAGGAACGAAAUCAGACACACUGACUCAAACCACGGAAGGGUUUGAGAAGCCCACCCCUCUAAUUCCAGCUGUUUGUAAUUUCUCUACUUCGCACGUGAGAGAAGGCAGAGGUGGUCCGUGGGAAAGCUCCGGGAAAUAACCGUCUUUCAUCCUUGCCACAUUGAAAAAUGUCCACAAUUUUAUGAAUUGCUGUCCUAACCCUGGCGUUUUUAUCCAGUGUUAAAAUAAAUUAUUUCAAGUUUCAAUGUAAACACUUAACAGAUGACUCCUUUGCAGAAGAAAUGUUCGUUACCUACUAUCAAACUACUUUUUAACAGAUUUUGUAUAUACACACACAAGUUGACAGAGGUUUACCUCCCUACUUUCUUAGAUUUUAUGUAACUCUUUUCAUUGGUGCUUAUUCAGAACCUGAAAGCCUUGGGCAUCCAAGCUUUCACCUACUCAAUGGAGGAGAGGUGAUAAUAAAUGAAAAGAUUGACACCAGGUUUCUUGGACAAAUUUAAGUUCAAAUUUAUCUCUUUCAAGUAGACCAUGGUCUCCCUAGAGAGUGUGUUGGCUUGUGUCUGCCAGUACGACAAAGGAUGCUCCCAGCUUGAUCGUGGUACCUUAUGGAAGCCACUCACGCAUUCUCUGAUUUACCCCCAAAACACUACCAUGCCCCAGCCCCGCUCAUUUGAAUAAUACAAUCAUAUCACUUUCAAAGGGCUCAGCAAGAAUGUUCCCCUCACUCCACUUUUUAACUGGUUUGCUGAACUCAACAAGGCUUCCCCUUACGAGCAGUGAGACCUAGGCUCCUUUCGAACGCUUCCUUCCGAACGGUAAGCCACUUCGCUCUCGGACAGGACAGGUCCUCCCUGCAGAGAGACACAACUCAUCCCCCGACCUUCCAUACUACAGACCAAAAUACCCAGGUGUGGCCUAAGGACUAUAUUAAAUGCCUCCUAUAGAAAUUCAAGGAAUGUUAGAACCAGGAAACUAGCUGUUUAAAGUUUUAGAGAAGUAUAUAAAUAUAUAUAUAAAUAUAAAUAUGAAAUCAUAUCGAGUGUGAGGAUGAACAGAGUGCCAAAUAUCCAGCAUCUGUACAAAGUCAUUCACUGGAAUUCAACUAUUUUAUGUAAUUCUCUUUCUCACGCUUUUAUGGUUCUUUUGAUAAAUUCUAUUUAGUAGCAUGCAGGAUACCUUAUCUGAAUGUGCAAUAUGCUAUUCAUCACCACGACAAUUUCUUACUUCUUCUUAAUAACUUACCAGAAUGUUGGUCAUUCCUUUAAGGCAUUUAAGGAUUGCUUUAUUUGUGUUCUUUUUUCCCAUGACUUUUUUUCACUCUCAGCUGACUGUAAGAAACUGCGCACCGUUUCCGCCAUAACCGUCCUGUGACGAUGCCUCCAUUUGACUUCUGUAUCGCUGAUGUUCACCUCCUGUAAAUAGUUCGGCAAUUAAAUUUUUUGAGAAAAGUAAUGUUUACUUUUUUAUUGGAGUGAAUUCUCGUGUUAUUUUAAUCUCAGAAAAAUUAUAUAGACCAAAGAGUUUUAUCCGAAAAAAAAUUACACUCUUCCUCCAUUAUAUAUUUCAUUGUUGAAAUAUCCUCAAUUUCUCUAUAUUUUAAGAAGUAAUGGACAUUUAUUAAGGCUACAGAUUUAAUAUGUAUGCAAAAUGGUAUAGAUUAAAUGAGUUUUUAAUUAAUAAAUCCUACAGUAUUUA